CAGAAUAUGGCGCGAACUCUCCCGCUCCGAGCCUUUGUUUUAUGUUACAUCUCAAAGCCUCCACUGUGUCUGUUUCCGCCAAGAUCCCUCGCUUCUCACAGUUUACACCAUGCAACACUUUCACACAAGAUCUUCCAAUGCCUCUUCCCAAUCCAAGUUCGGCAAGAAACGCGGUAGCUACAACUGCGGCCGCUGCGGUCUCCCUAAGAAGGGCCAUAUCUGCACCAUCAGUACUCCGGCCACCUCCACUUCUGCCACUCCUUCCCAUUCUUCUCUCUCUGUGGUGGCAUCUGCUCCUUCCUCCUUCUCCGCCGCUGGCUGCCCUCCUCUCCAUCCGCGUCGUGCUCUGUCAUUCGAUGACGAAGAAUCUGACGGCCUUGAUCCAUUGGAGUCUACGGCCGUGUGGCCCCAUGGGGAUGAUCUGGAUUCGUCUGGGUUGCCGGGGAAUGUCCUUUGGAACGUGUUUAAGAGGCUCCCGCCCUCUGGGCUCUUAACGGCGGCGAAAGUGUCCAGAGGCUGGAGGGAUAUGACGAAAAGAUUGUGGAAGGCGGCUGAGGAGUUAAGACUCAGGGUUCCGGCGAGUGUCCAGGUGGGUUUCGUGGCGUCGAUGUUGCAGAAGUGUCCGGGGAUUGUGAGUCUCUCUAUUGUAAUGGAAAGUGACUUGGAUUCCACAAUGCUGGCUUGCAUUGCAUUUUCGUGCCCCAAUUUGAUAUUCUUGGAGAUUUUGGUUUCUGAUUCUGCAGUCAAUCGAAUCACCGGGACUGAGUUAGGUCGAUUUGUUGCUGAUAAAAAGAGCCUCAAAAGCCUUAAGAUGGAAGGCUGUUGUAGCCUUGGAGGCUUCCUUCUUUGUUCUUCUAGUCUUUCUACCAUUUGGCUGUCCGAUCUGUACUCUCAUUCUAAGAUGGUUUUUAAUUGUCCUCACUUGAGGGAGAUUUCAUUGAAGUUUUCUCAUCGAGAAAAUGACAGUACUGAUCUUGCAACCAUGGUUGAAGGUUUGGGAAGAAGUUGCCCCAGGUUGCAAAACAUACGUAUAUAUUCAAUGCAGCUUUCACAUACUGCAGUGCUCGCUCUUACUGCUGCUCAGCUAAGGGGGCUCCGAAUGCUUUCACUUGUUUCUGGAUCUGAUGUUACUGAUGCAUCUGUUGCUGCCAUUGCCUCAAGCUAUCCAAAUCUGGAAUUGCUUGAUCUCAGUGGAUCCAGCGUAAGUGACAGUGGCAUUAGCAUGAUUUGCAAUGUGUUCUCUGAAACAUUGACACGACUCCUUCUAGCUCUUUGCCCUAAUGUGACUUCAAGUGGCAUUCAGUUUGCUACUGCCCAAUUGCCACAUCUUGAAAUUAUGGACUGUGGCAUGACAAUAUGUGAACCAGAUUCUGGCAAUCCAAUUGCCGAUGAAAAUAACCACAAACUACAGAAGAUGCCUAUUAUUACUAAUCUACACCUUACAAACCAAAAGCUAAUCAUCAAACACAGCUGUUUAAAGAAACUUAGUUUAUGGGGAUGUUCGGGCUUGGAUGCCUUAUAUUUAAACUGCACUCAGCUCAAGGAUCUGAAUCUAAAUUCUUGUAGAAAUUUGCACCCAGAGAGACUGUUGCUUCAGUGCCCUAGUUUAGAAAAUGUGCAUGCGUCUGGUUGUCAGGACAUGCUAGUUGGGGCUAUCCAAAGUCAGGUUUGCAAUGCUUUUACUGAUUUGGAAAACAACUCACCUUGUAAGCGAUUACCUGAUGGCUCCAAAAGGGUUCGGGUCCCUCAUCUAGUCAAUACUGAGUCGCUCAAUGAAGAAACGAAAAGAAGUAGAAAGAAGAGACGACUUUGUAACGUGCUCCUGGAUUGAGAAGACAUGAUAGAUGAAUCAAAUUGAAUCUCAGAUAGCUGUUAACGCCUUGCAUGUUAUUUAAACUCUACUAGGCACAAAACAGUUCGGAUUUGGUUCUCGAUUUGCCCCUAUGAUAAAAUAGAAUGCGAUAACUUUCUUUUUACACAAGCUGUUAUCGCUUAGCAUUAUGAUUAGUCUCCUCAAGUCUGUCAUUCUGUUCCAUGGAUUUUUUCAAAUAAAAUUACCCACAAAUUUAUUGGUCUGGAGCUGCUGCCAAUAUAGUCCUUUUAAUUGGUUU